AGACUCAGCUCUAGAGAGAGAGUUACUCUGGUCGUCUCCGUCUUCGACAGGCUACGAGUCGAGCAUUCCCUCAUCUCUUCGCGACUCGAUCUCCCUCGUCUCUUCUUUCAAUCGUCUCCAACCUCUGCUGCAUCAGAAUCGCGGAGGCGGGACCUUGCGGCCGAGGUAGCUUUCGUCAAUUCAGGGUUUUCAUUAAGGGGUUUGAGGUUGAAAAUUCUGAUGCUGAGGAAAUAAAGCUACUUGAAGAUCAAAUUGCUUAGUUGGAAAAAUGUUGGAGGGUCCAAAAUUCACUGGAAUUAUAGGAAUGAACAACAAUGAAUAUGAUCUUUCUCAAGGGUUCUACCAUAAGCUCGGUGAGGGUUCGAAUAUGUCGAUAGAAAGUUAUGGGAGCUUGCAGACAAGCAAUGGUGGAGGCUCUGUUGCGAUGUCUGUAGAUAACAGCAGUGUUGGAUCAAAUGAUUCCCACACUCGCAUCUUGAAUCACCAAGGAUUGCGCCGUGUUAACAAUAAUUACUCUGUUGCUGCGAGUAAUAACCGUGGAAGAGUCUCACAUGGCUUAAGUGAUGAUGCUCUGGCCCAGGCUCUGAUGGAUAGUAGAUACCCUACACUGGGACUUGAGAAUUUUGAGGAAUGGACAAUCGAUUUGGGAAAGCUUAAUAUGGGAGAGGCAUUUGCACAGGGAGCUUUUGGUAAACUGUACAAAGGUACCUAUAAUGGUGAGGAUGUUGCUAUAAAGAUUUUGGAGAGGCCUGAAAAUGACUUGGAGAAGGCACAGUUGAUGGAACAGCAAUUUCAGCAGGAAGUUAUGAUGCUGGCCACAUUAAAGCAUACAAACAUAGUUCGAUUUAUUGGUGGAUGCCGGAAGCCGAUGGUAUGGUGCAUUGUGACAGAGUAUGCAAAGGGCGGUUCAGUGCGACAGUUUUUGACAAAGCGGCAGAACCGACAAGUGCCUCUGAAAUUGGCAAUCAAACAAGCCCUGGAUGUUGCGAGGGGGAUGGCGUAUGUGCAUGGCCUUGGGCUGAUCCACAGGGAUCUAAAAUCUGACAACUUGCUAAUUUUUGCAGACAAGUCCAUCAAAAUUGCAGACUUUGGGGUUGCUCGAAUAGAGGUGCAAACAGAAGGAAUGACACCAGAGACAGGGACAUACCGCUGGAUGGCCCCGGAGAUGAUCCAGCACAGGCCUUACACACAGAAAGUCGACGUGUAUAGCUUUGGGAUCGUUCUUUGGGAACUCAUCACUGGGAUGCUUCCAUUCCAGAACAUGACUGCAGUUCAGGCAGCUUUUGCGGUUGUCAACAAGGGUGUUCGUCCAAUCAUCCCCAAUGACUGCUUACCUGUUCUCAGUGAGAUCAUGACCCGAUGCUGGGAUGCCAACCCUGAUGUGAGGCCUCCCUUCGCUGAAGUUGUAAGGAUGCUUGAGAAUGCAGAGACUGAAAUUAUGACGACUGUCCGCAAGGCCCGCUUCAGAUGCUGUAUGGCCCAACCAAUGACUGCAGAGUGAUCCAGAAAAAAAGAAAUUGAACACAGAGCACAUAAAGAGAGGAAAAAGGGAAAUGCAAAGAAACAAAAAGCAAGAAAAGGUGAUUUUAUCUUUAGCCUUGUGUAUUUAUCAGGGUUGAUUUUCUUUGGUCAGAUAGAAAAAGGAAAAGUUUAUGAUAAGAAUUGCUGGUUUAUGGGUUUUAUUUUUAAUGGACUUCUGUUGCUGAAUUUGUAUCGUAGAAGAGGAGAUUUGAUAUGUAAUUAUGAAUGCCCUCUAUUGUUGUGCUUUGACAUGCCUGGUUUAGCAGUUUCCUUUUAUCUUUGGUUUCUUUGUUUUUCAUUUUUUCCUUCUCAGGAAUUAUCAGAACUUCUGUUCAUCGGAUAAAGCCUCCUGUUUUCUUUC